AUGAGAAGAGCAUCUAUCACCUCGGACGUAGCCUCUGACAAGUAUUCAUUAGAAGAUGGCUCAGACGAUUCUAAGUCAGUUGAGGAAUAUGGCCGACGUCUUAGCUGUUCGUGGCUGCCUUGUUGUAUGAAUGAAGAGGAGACAGAAGCAUUUGGUCAUUAUGUUUCCAUUUUUAUGGUCGCUUUGGUUGCAUUCGCCACUUUUUUCUGUGUAACUCUCAUCCUCGUUCUUGUCUUUCUGCUCGGAGAGAGAAAUCUCAGGAUUAUCAUAAACUGGGAUCUCUUCGCUACGCUAGCCGGCUUUUGGGAAGAUUCCGCAAUGGACAACAUCGACGAGGAAUAUGACCGGCUCGUUGAACACCUUCACGACUGUGAGAAGAAGGCUGAGAGUUCUAAAACCACCAAGAGACGUCUGUCUCUUGAAACUCUUGAGCUGACACGCCAGCAUGGAGCAGCACGAGCGGCAGGGAACCAAGAACUCAAGUCCGAGCUCGCAAGGUUUUGCAGCGAGGUGAUAAAGGAAGGCCUUAAAAAGAGAAGAGCAGAAGUGCUGGCAGAAGCUGCAGAGGCGGAGAAAAGCGUCCGCUAUGCCCGUCGAGACUUCGCCAGUCGCAAAACGAGGAUGACUGCUCUCCGGAACCCAACAGGAAUGGCCAUUGCAUCGAGAAGGGGGAUGCAAAAAAUCAUCUACGACUUCUACUCUGAUCUCUUCGACAGCCAUGCCACUUGCCUCCUCACCAUCUGA